AUCAAUAAAUUUUGGACAUCACUAAAAACAUUCUCCAAUCUUGUCGAGCGUGUAAGUCAAAACAUGAUAAACACACAAACAAAAGAAUCCUAAGUAAAAUUACAUUACUUAAAUAUAUGGUCAAUUCCAUUAUGUGAUAUGCGAGACAUAAAAACCCCAUUAGCGGAUAUAAUGCAAAACAUUGAAAAAGCAAUAUUCGAGAGGACGAGAAAAAAUCGAGUACUGAGCAACUACUACGAACAAGAGAGUUUUUACUUCCUCACCCUUUUUCGAUUGAACUAUGCUAUUAAAGCAGCAGGGGAUCAUUACGACCUUUGGCUUUUAUAGACUACGAGGAAGAGGGGUGAAAAAUUACCUAUAAAAGCAUCUGUUUGAUUCUUUCUUCUUUCAUUUUACCUGGAAACUUGUACGGUGUUUGUUUGUUUGUUAAAUAUAUCAAUAAAAACAAUAUAAUGUUGGUAGUUCCAAAGUCUCUGCUAGUUCUCGUGGUUUAUGUUACAAUCAGCGAUGCUGAAAUAACCGAAAUAGAUGACGAAAGUUGCGAGACUUUACAAUCGGAAAUACGUAUCACUAAAGACGAAUAUGAUGAAUUAGCACAUCUGAGAAGAACAUGCAGCGGUGAUGUAUCGGUCACGAAAUGCGAAGGAUUCUGUAACUCGCAAGUACAGCCAAGCGUCGUCACUACUACAGGCUUCUCAAAAGAGUGCUACUGUUGCCGUGAGAGUUAUCUGAAGGAAAGAUUUGUUAUCCUAAAUCAUUGCUACGACACGCAUGGGAUCAAAUUGAUAGGCACGGAUGACGAGGCAAUGGAAAUUAAGAUACAAGAACCCGCCGAAUGUAAAUGUAUAAAGUGCGCAAUUGUUGGAGUCGAUGAGUGUCAGGCGACGCGUGUGAUUCACUUCCUUCAGUAUCCAGGCUGUGUUCCAAAGCCGAUUCCCAGUUAUGCGUGUAGAGGACGAUGCAGUAGUUAUCUGCAGGUGUCCGGGUCCAAAAUGUGGCAAAUGGAGAGGAGCUGCAUGUGCUGUCAGGAAAGCGGCGAGAGAGAGGCUAGUGUCUCCUUGUUCUGUCCACGAGCGAAACCAGGGGAAAAGAAAUUCAGGAAGAUGGUCACCAAGGCGCCGCUGGAUUGCAUGUGCAGACCGUGCACCAGCGUGGAAGAGUACGCGAUAAUACCUCAGGAGAUCGCGGGAUUCGCUGACGAGGGUCCUUUCACGACAUCUGCGCAUUUCAGACGAGCCUCCGGCUUACAAUAGAUGAACAUGACUGUUCGCAAGGACGCAAUCUCAAAAAAUCGCGCAUGCUAAGACGAAAAGAUGCCAAUAUAUUUGAUUUCGCGCAUAUUAUGUAUUAUGAAAACUAAUAAAGAAAAUCUAAUAUGUUCGAUCUCUCUCGAAUUGAAUAUAAAUGUAUACGUAUGAAUAUAAAUUAAUACGAGAUGUACAGCAGAUUUAAACGCGUACAAUAUACAUGUGCGCAUAGCCCUUCCCUCCUAUCCCUUUCGUGAAAAUGUGAAUAAUAGAUUCGAUGAGCUUCGUUAUUUUGUCAUUUAAAUUUGAAUUAUGAUUGGUCCUAUGCUUUAGUUGUCUACGAUGAUUUUCGUGCCGUGUUUUACAACUGCAUUCUUCAACUGAGUUUACCUGAAGAAAGUGCGUUUGCAGUAAUCUUCGAAAAGAAUUGUCGCAAAAAAAAAUUUUCUAAUAAAAAGGUUCAGGAAGGGGUAGAAUAUAUAGAAACGUUACAGAUGAAUACUGUAACUCGUAUGUUUCAAACUAAGAAGAAAUUAUGAAACAUUGCAGACUCUGUUAAUAUACUUAAAUAAUAAUAUAUAUAUUUACAUACAAUAUAUAGGUAUGCUCCAUGUAAUUUCAAGUCUGUAAUCGAUUCGUCCGUGUUUCGUAUUUCGAAAAUGGUAGAUCGAAGGUUCUGACAGAUGACGAUUCCUUUUGAGAGACCAAAGCAAAGACUUCUGUAUACUUUUGCAAAAGUAUAUCUCGUAUAUAGUCUGCGUCCAUCCUCUAUGAAAUUCGCAUUUUCCCGAGUGUGGAUACCUUUUACAGGUGCGAUAAAUCGUGUGGUAUCGGCACUUAACGAUAGUUGCCGGAUAAACAUAAUUCUUUGAUAGCUGUACACGCACACAUGCACACGGAAAAUCAGUCUCUCCUAUACGAGCACGUUCGAAACAAAGGCGAGCUCAACGCUGUACCUCAAAUUAGUUUAAUAACAAUUUUAUACAAUUCGCUACAGCAUUAGCCACGUGGAUACAUACCUAUGUUCCCACGCGUCGCACUCUGUUCUCACUCUUUCUAUCAUUCUCUCAUGUUUUCUCUCUCUCUCUUAUUCCUUGUGAUUAUAAAUAGCUAGUGUUAAAAAAUAGUACCUUAAUAUAUAUAUAUAUAUAUAUAUAUAUAUAUAUAUAUGUAUAUGUAUAUAUAUAUGUAUAUAUGCACACCAUUCAUCUUUCAUUUCCUAACUUCAAUGUGUUCUAGAUUACAGAUCCUAUCUUCGCAAUAUAUAUCCUUCACUUUCACUGUACUCUUGUAUUUUUUUUUUCAUGAAUGUCCUUUCUUAUAAUAUGAUACAUUAUGAGUUCUUAUUUGCAAAGAUAUAAAUUAGUAAUUCUGUUAUAUAUACCGUAUUCCGUUACAAUAAUAGGAAGAACCAUAUCGCUGUCAGUAUCAGACUUGGUUUUAUUUCGGUAGUUAUCUUUUAUUUUUCCUUACUUUCCGAAUUUUUUAUUCCACUUAAAUUGACCUAUACUCUCAGAUUGCAUAUUCCGAUCUGCAAUUUGUUAUCUAAAUCGUGUAACAAGCACUUCGGUUUGUGAUCUGCGACAUUAGCGUUAAUAUAAUUGGAAGUAACGUUUGGUCUUCCCGAUUCCAAGCAAUGGAAAAAAAGAGACGCAUGUUCCGGUUCUAUUGAGCGAUCGACCUACUUCGCGCUGCAGAAACAUUUUACAUAAGAAACACGAUAAUAAUUAUUUUUCGAGCCACUUUUUUUUUGCUUUAUUUAAACUUUGAACCAUUUUAUUGAAUUAUAUAUAAUAAUUAUUUUGCAUAGUUCUGUAAUAAUUAAUAGUUAAACUUUAUCUUCAUUAUGUAUACUGUAUUUCAAAUACAGCUGUCGUUUGUUUAUUUAGUCAACACUCUCACUUCUCUUUACUUAUUGGUAGAGAGUCGUUGGAGUUAUAGAUUAUAUUACAUACAUCUCUGUCAUUUCAUUAUUUUUCAUUAUUUCUUUCCUUCGAUACUUGGAGCGUUCAUGCGUUUUCAAUGUUUAUGAAAAAAAAA